CCCGUGCCCCCCGCAGGCCGCCCGUGCGUCGACUGCCACGCAUUCGAGUUCAUGCAGCGCGCCCUGCAGGACCUGCGGAGGACGGCCUACAGCCUGGACGCGCGGACAGACGCCCUCCUGCUGCAGGCCGAGCGCCGGGCCCUGUGUGCCUGCUGGCCGGCUGGGCGCUGAGGACCAGCCAGCGCUGCUCCCUGCCAAUAAACACUCAGCCAGCA